AUGGAGUCCUCCCAGCUGCCCCCUCAAAACCCCCACCCCGCCCCGAACAAUGGCCGCUUCACCAUCGAGCCCAAGCACCUUGAAACCCUCGCCCGGCUCGCAUUGUCUUCCGGCAUCAACCCCUUCGCCAGGCCACACAUGAACAACCCAGACCCCACCAACGAGUACAUGUAUCAAGUGCCCCACGGCCAGGCGAACCGGAAAAGCAUGUCUGAGGGGAGACGCCCAGGGGGGGACAAGUAUGCAGCGCCGCUAGACCUCGACGCACUCACCAAUCGUCUCGAGAGCCUCAACGAUCGUCUCGACGCGUUACAACCACAGAGUUACUCUCAUUAUCAGCAAGCCAACCCCCAGGUCCCAUUUGUCCCGCCCGGAACAGACCAUAUUCCUACCCACAAGACCCAGCCCUCUCCCAACCUCCCCGCCAAGCCCCCACCCACCGAAGCAGAGCCCCAGGCCUACUCUGCUGCCCCCAGAACCAACGUCUCUACCUCGUUCCUCGAUCCCAACGCUCCCGACCCCGACCAGGAAUACCCAACCUACCCUUCUGUCACUGAACUUGCUCCGUUCGACUCUGUCAGCAUGUAUCGUUCGGCCGACGAGCCUUCGACUACGUCUGGCCCCACCCUUCGAAGGGGAGGCACCAAUAUAGAUGGCCAAGAAGAAUAUUACCGAGAGACGGGAGGCUAUGAACGCGCAGACGAUAGGUGGUCCCAGUCCCAGUGGUCCAAUGACAAUAUUACUCAAGGGUCUCCCCAUACCGCGAGGAGAUUUGAGGAAGAGAUGACAAUCGGCCCGACCAGUAUUCGAACCCGCGGCGACCUUGGCCGUGACAUGUACGAGAUGCGCAACCGCCUCCUCGACGCCGAAGCUCACCGCGACCAAGCAACCAUGACGACCAUCCGCCGCCAGAUCUCUGAGGCAGAAGCGCUUGCCAAGGCCAGCGCCCGUCUUGAAGCUGCAGAAAAGCAGUUGAGAGAGCUUCAAGCCAAGCUUAUCGCCGAGCAGGUGGCGAGGACGCAGAUUGAGCAGGAGGCGGGUCUCAGAAGCGACGAGGUUAAGAACUAUCAGAACGAGUGGGCGAGCGCCGUGCGUGCAUUGAAGCGCGCCCGGGAAGAGGGCAGAAAGACGGAUGAAGAGAAGAAACGUGUACAGCGUUGUUUCGAAGAGGCGAGGGACAAAUUGUGGAAGUACCACGAAGCCCUCCGUGUCCGCGAAGCCAGAGCCCAAGGCAAAGAAGAAGGUCGCGCUGAAGCCUGGCAAGAAGCUGAGCGAUGGAUGGGUGGCGCACCGCCUAUCCCUGGUAUCGACCCGAUCGCUUCUGUGCCCGGCGCUGUACUUCAUCAAACGCCGAUGGCCAAUCUGGCCAAUCUGUUGUCGCCGGCACUUAAAUCUCCCACCGCCAACAACUUUCAAGGCGGCCAGCCGCAUGGCCAGCAGCAACAAUUCCCACCCCAGCAGCAACAGCAGCAGGCUGCCCAGCCUCCCGCUCCUCCCAUGGAAAACAUUGCUCAGGUCAUGGAGUACUUUGCUCGAAAUCCAUCUGCUUUUCCCCAGUUCCAACAGUUUAGCAAUGGCAGUGGGAGCUACCCGAACCAAGCUACGUCUCCCCAGCAGCAAUAUGCUUCUCAAGCUCCCCCCAACGGUACUCAGCAAUACGCGUCUCAGCAGGGUAUGCAGCCUUAUCCUCAGCAGCACCAGGGCCAAGGCCAAGGAACUGCUGCCCAGUUCUUGGGAAAGGCGCCUACCCCGCCUCAGGCUCAAGCAUUGCAUCAGCAAGGCUUCCCUCCGGGUCAGCAGCCUCCCCAGCUAAACUCAACCCGAUCUGCCGCUCAGCAGCUCCCGCGUAACAACGCCCCGACAGCCAUCUCCACCGCCGUCCACGCUCCCAUGCCAGAGUACUCUGUCAACCCCCACGUGGCAGAUAGCUACCUGGACAAGGUCGAGCAUGAUCCCGAGCUCAAGAGGAUGAUGUCUGGCGCAAGGAGCAAGACUGUACAUACCUCGGCUGUACCGUCGUCUGAUGGGCGAUAUGGCCUUCAGCCGCCUUCCGCCUCUCGCUCGCACUUUGAUGAUAGCAUGUCCAACCUCGAUAAACCGCUCCCGCCUGUCUCAAUGGCCAACUCAAAAGUCUCGCGUGCACAGAGUACAAGGGGUCCGACAAGGGGACCGAGUACGGUGGGUAGCAGGCUCCCGAAUAGGAGGAUGAGCUUGUCGGAUAGUGGUCAAAACUACGAACAUCAUCAUCAACAACCAAUGUCUCAGAUCCCCGAUGGGGACAGGUACCCCGUCUUCCCUCUUCCCGGGCAGAACAUUCAAGGUGGACGAAAGGGAUAUGGUCAGACAGAGUCUCGAGACGCGUCCGAUUACCAGUCGAACAACACUGACCGCCUCAAGCGUGACCCUUCGAUGUCUACGUGUAGCCGUAUGGCUGAUGCUCUACGAGGUGAUACGGAGAUUGAGCAGGGGAUUCCAGAGGAAGACGAGAGGCAGUACAAUCAUCAAGGACAGAGUCCUCCCCCUAUGCAGAUGCAGAAUGGCGCAAUGAGACCCCCUCCCUCCGGCCACCAGCGUUCUCAGUCGGGCCCUUCUAGACCGCCUCCUUCUAUGCCCAACAUGAGGCACCGCAUCAAUACUGUCAUGCCCCAGCCUCUGAGCAGUCACCAGCCUCGGGCAAGAUCCGACUUUGGUCCGGGGGAGCAGCCCAAGUCUAUUGCUGCGCUCUACCACGACCGAGAUUUCGACCCCGCUGCCCGCGCCAACGACCGUAUGUCUCCCCCAGAAUCGCAAUACCACCCUCCUCGCUCGCACGAGAUGUAUGUCCCACCCCAGCUCGCGCCUCGUGCCGUGAGCGGUGGAGUCGAGGACGUGCAAGGGCCAAAGACAAGUGCGCUUGGGUUGAGUCUGGGUGGUGCGGCUAGUGAGAGAGCCGGUUCGGCUGACGAUUCAAGCCGUAUGAGAGCCCCAACUAUCACUGUGCAACCCCCAUCUUCCCGCUCUCGCUCCAACAAUCCUGUUUCAACAUUAUACCCUUCGUCGCCUGAAGCCCAACAGCCUCCUGACAGUACCCACCCUGGCCCUAUCAGACUCGACACUCCUCCUGGUGAACACCACGACAACGUGAUUGAAUUCGCCCAAUCUCCUUCCCAUGUCUCAUUCCGUCACCACUCUGCCGACGCUCGUCAGCCUCACGAAUACCCUCUACCUCCUUCCAGGAGCGCCGCCCCCACUGCCUACUCUCGCGCUCCCAGUAGCCGAUCUCAUGCUCCUUCCCGGUCCCAGCCUCAGACACCCCACCAGCACCUCCAGCCUCACGAGAUCCCUCUGCCCGGGUCGCGAAGCUUGGCGCCGACAGCGUAUAGUCGUACACCAGAUGAUACCCCUCCCGACUCGGCAGAUGUAAAGACAAUCGACUUUGCGAUGCGACAGCCUCUGCCAAGUGGCAAGGGCACCGCGUAUGAUACCAGGACCACCGUCUCUGAUGAGCCGGAGCCCCAUUUUGCAAAGACGUCUCGUGCAUCUUCUCGGCAAGCUCGACGCAAACCGUCUCCUUCCAACGGCGGACAGAGCCACAGGGGAAAUGGAAGCAAUGCCGGCAACCGCGCUUUCACUGACCCAAGGAUGUACCCUCUCCCGUCUAGCAAAUCUCGAGGAAAGGCUUCUACCUAUGCUGCUUCCGUGGCACCCAUCGAAGAGCUCACAGAGCCAGAAAGUGUCUCUUUGCAAAAGCAGAGUCGGGAGCCGUAUAUCGUUGUAUAGUAUCAACAAGUUUGAAUAAUCUCGGCUGUGAAUAGCUGGUAAUUUUGCAGUACCUGAUGUACAGUACGUAGUUGUUCACAAGGGAGUAAGAAACAUGUAUCUCGGUAAUGUUUACUAA